AUGGCUGAACGCUUCGCCUCUGUUUCUGAGGAGAAAUUAAAAUUUUUGAUUGAAAAUAAAGAUUCAAAAAACACCAGGAGAACAACAAAAACAAGUGUUAAGAUUCUUAAUGAUUAUUUGAGGGAGAAGAACCUUGAGGAACCACAAGAUAAAAAAACCCCUUUGGCCUGUGUUCUGAAGAAGUUGUACGCCGAAGCUAGGAAAAUUGAUGGCAGCUCGUACUCAAAAAGGUCCAUGACUUCUUUACGAUUUAGAAUUAACAGGCAUUUCAAGACAAAAGGAACUGACAUUAUCAAAGACCCAGAAUUCGUCGAGGCGAGGUGCGUUGAUUUAAAACGACAGGGUUUGGCCAAGGUUGAACACAAACCCGCUAUUUUAGAAAACGACCUUCAAAAGCCUGAAAGCUGUACGAAUGCGAUGUUUUCAAAUUAGAUGAUCCCAGAACACUUCAAAAUAAAGUUUUUUUCGAGAUUAUGUUUUAUUUUUGCCACCGUGGCCGAAAAAACCUUAGGGAGCUGAAAAUAAAAGACUUUUCAUUCACAUGAGAUGAAAAAGGCGCUCGAUAUGUGUGUAAAACCAGUUAUAAGUUGACAGAAAACAGGAGAGAAGACGAUGAAGUCUUCAAAGGUGAAAUCUUAGUGAUGUUUGAAAAAGGUGGACCUUAUUGUCCCUGUUGUCCCUACACAAAACAUCUCAGUCCCAAGAAUGAGUUUUUGUUCCAAAGGCCAAAGAAAGGAAGUAAAGUCGGAGUGGAUGAUGUUUGUUUUGAUAAUAUGGCGGUUGGUGAGCACACGCUCGCCGAGAAAAUGAAACAUAUCUCCAAGGAAGCAGAAUUGUCAAGGGUUUAUACAAAUCACUCAAUAAGGGCCACUCCAAUUACAGCUUUGGAAACGUGUGGGUGUGAAGCCCGUCACAUUAUUGCUGAUCAUGAUAGUGGCCACAAAAGU